AUGGAGGUCCGCCGGAGAUACCCCGCCGCGCCGCCGCCGAUCGCCGCUCCUCGUCCGGCGGAUACCUCCGCCAAGGUCGACCCCAAGAUCCAGGCCUCCGACGCCCUCCCUCUCCCAAUUCGCCACACGAAUCUCCUCUUCUCGUUCCUUUUCAUGGCCUCUCUCUUCUUCCUCAUGCGCCGGUGGCGCGAAAAGAUCCGCACCUCCACCCCUCUGCAUGUCGUCGGGUUCGUCGAGAUCCUCUCCAUUGUCUCCCUUGUUGCCUCCCUAAUCUAUCUCCUCUCCUUCGAUGACGAAGAGGAUAAUCAACAGCAGAGCCAGCAGCAACAGAGAUACCCUCCCCCUCCUCCUACUUGCCCUCUCCUGGUCGACGCCGCCGCCGGCGAGAAACCCAACGGUGGCAUCUCAACAAUCCCCGUCGAAGACGAAGAGAUCAUCGAAUCCGUGGUCAUGGGUAAGACCCCAUCUUAUUCAUUGGAGUCCAAAUUGGGAGACUGCAAACGCGCUGCAAGUGUUCGACGCGAGGCCUUAAGGAGAAUAACCGGAAGGAAUCUCAACGGUCUCCCUCUUGAUGGGUUCGAUUACGCCUCCAUCCUCGGCCAGUGCUGCGAGAUGCCGAUUGGGUUCGUCGCAUUGCCCGUUGGCAUCGCGGGCCCGCUGGUUUUGGAUGGGAGGACCUACUAUGUGCCGAUGGCCACGACCGAAGGGUGUUUGGUUGCGAGCACGAACAGAGGGUGCAAGGCCAUCGGGGAGUCAGGUGGGGCCCAGAGUGUUGUGCUUAGGGAUGGGAUGACGAGGGCCCCGGCGGUGAGGUUUGGGACGGCGGCGAGGGCGGCUGAGCUUAAGUUCUUCUUGGAGGACCCGGCCAAUUUUGACACGCUUGCUAUUGUUUUCAACAGAUCGAGCAGGUUUGGUAGGCUUCAAGGGAUUAAAUGCUCGCUUGCGGGGAGAAAUCUGUACAUGAGGUUCAGUUGCAGCACUGGAGACGCAAUGGGAAUGAACAUGGUGUCCAAAGGCGUGCAGAACGUCUUGGACUACCUUCAGACUGAUUUCUCCGACAUGGAUGUCAUUAGUAUAUCUGGUAAUUUCUGUUCUGAUAAGAAGCCCGCUGCUGUGAAUUGGAUUGAAGGGAGAGGGAAGUCAGUGGUAUGUGAGGCAAUAAUCAAGGAGGAAGUCGUGAAAAAGGUUCUGAAAACCUCUGUAUCUGCUCUGGUCGAGCUGAACAUGAUCAAGAAUCUCGCUGGAUCAGCUGUGGCCGGAGCUCUGGGGGGUUUCAAUGCUCAUGCUAGCAACAUUGUGUCUGCUGUUUUCAUCGCUACCGGUCAAGAUCCUGCACAGAAUGUGGAGAGCUCUCACUGCAUUACAAUGAUGGAAGCUGUGAAUGAUGGAAAGGAUCUUCACAUCUCUGUCACCAUGCCUUCCAUUGAGGUGGGUACAGUUGGAGGUGGGACCCAGUUGGCAUCCCAGUCAGCGUGCUUGGACCUAUUAGGUGUGAAGGGUGCAAGCCUCGAGUCCCCUGGGUCAAAUGCAAGGCUCCUGGCCACCAUCGUAGCUGGCUCAGUCCUGGCUGGUGAGCUCUCCCUCAUGUCUGCGCUUGCUGCCGGCCAGCUUGUCAGGAGCCACAUGAAAUACAACAGGUCCUCCAGAGACAUGACCAAAGCUGCUGCUUCCUAAAACAAAAUAAUGAUAAGAAACCCCCCAUGUGUGUA